GAGCAGGUUUGCAUCUGCAUCUUGUGCACUUACUCAUCCUGUAUCUGACGUUUGCGCUGUGGCGAGCAUUUGAUCAAAGGUGUUGAGCUAAUAUGGCCGCUCCUCAACCGACAUCCCCCACCGCCGACACCAUGUCCGACGCACCAACGACUCCCCCUUCGCCGCAGAGGAUAGCCUCGCCUACGCCAGCGCCAGAACCACCUGCAACCGACGCAGACGUCUCUUCGCCUCCAUCCCAACCCCAACUUUUCCCCUCAGCCACCUCCCUCCCCCCUUCCAUCCCGGAAGACGGCCCAGCCCCUUCCAUCAUCUCUCCCUCCCCAGCCCCUCCCCCAGCCCCCACCCCCGCUUUAACACGCACCCCCACCGACCUCUCAUCAACAACAACGCUCUACACCCGCCCCACGCUCGCCCCCGCCCCGGUCCCCGCACAGCGCACACCCUCCCCCGCGCCGCCGUCCACCGCCGACGUCGUCUCCGUCUUCGACCCAGCAGCCGUGGGCGGCGGCGGGCCGCUCGUGCGCAUCGCGACGGCCCAUUCGCAGCGCGAGCUGGCGCGCGAGCGCUCGCGCAGCGCCACAGGCCAUAAGCCGACACCCUUCGCGCUCUCCCGCCCCGCCAUCGAGCCGGUCUUCGACGACGACGAGCACAGCGUGGCGCGCAGGCGCAGCGCCUCCGUCGGCGACGCCAGCGCGCGCGACCCCGAAAAAGACACCCCCGAGCCCACAGAGCCAUACAUCUACCCCGACGGCGGGUACGGCUGGGUCGUCGUGGGCUGCUGCAUGACGCUGUGCGCGCUCACGAACGGGUGGGGCAUGAGCUACGGCGUAUUCCAGGAGUACUAUGCAAAGAACACGUUUCCGGGCGCGCCCACGGCCGUGCUCUCGCUCGCGGGCACCACGCAGGGAUUCAUGUAUUCCGUCUGCGCGUUUUUCAGCGGCGUCCUCGGCGACAAGUUUGGCUUCCGGCCCAUGCUGAUUGCCAGCUGUGUCGUGUGCUGGAUCGGGCUGUUCGGCGCGAGCUGGAGCACUUCGUUGUGGAGCACGAUAUUGUGCCAGGGCGUGAUUACGGGGAUUGGGCAGGGCCUCGCCGUCCCCCUCUUCCUCUCCCUCCCGUCCCAGUGGUUCUACAAGUAUCGUGGCCUUGCGUCGGGCAUCACGAUGGGCGGCGCCGGCAUCGGCGGCGGCUUGUCCGUCAUCAUUGUACGGCGCCUCAUCACGCAGGUCGGCGCAAGCAAAACGCUCCUCAUCAUGUCCUUCGUCAACCUCGCAGCCAUGGUCAUUGCCGUCUCCCUGAUCCGUACGCGCCCCGGCUCGCCCGAAGCACAGCGGCAGCGGGGCAAGCUGAUCAACACGGCGAUCUUCGCGCACUCCGAGUUCUGGAGCGUCGCCAUCUCCCUCCUCAUCGGCGUCAUCGGCUACCCCGCCCCCUACUUCUUCAUGAACCAGUACAUGGCCACGACGUUCCCGUCCAUCACCGACCCGAUGAAGCUCACGGUGCCGCUGACGAUCCUCGCGUUCUCCGUCGCCGUCGGCCGCGGCCUCGUCGGCUUCUGCAGCGACGCCAUCGGCGCCAUGAACACGUACAUCGGCGUCUUCGUCGUCUCGGGCAUCAUCCAGUUCGCGCUCUGGCUCAACGUCUCGAGCUUUGCGCUCGCGUGCGUCUUUGCGUGCCUCUACGGCCUCAUUGCGCCGGGGUAUCUCGGCCUCAUGCCCCAGAUCGUCGUCACCAUCUUCGGCCCGAACUCGCUCGCGUCCAACACGGGUAUAUUGCUGCUGUUCAACGGCCCCGGAAACCUCAUUGCUGGGCCGCUCGGUGGCGCGCUCUUCGACGUCUCGGGACGCACGACGUGGAAGUGGAUGAUCAUCUGUAUGGGCUCGAUCCAGAUCCUCGGCGGGCUCAUCUGUUGCUGGGCACGCUUCCGCACAUGUCCCAAGCUCUUGGCCAAAAUCUAACUGCAUCAGCGCAUCGGACGGACAGUCAAUAAUGUAUGCAUCCUAAUCUGGUG